GCAAUAUAAUGAUGAACCUUUAACCCAGGAGUGUAUACGGAAUCAUAUAAACGGCAUACCUCGAACCUAUUUCACUAUAUAAAAAGCAUUUUAGAUUGUAUUGAAGAGUAACACAGCAUGUUUUAGAGCACAUCACCAUGGGAUGGUUUGGACUAUAUGUAACCCUCGCCGGCAUUCUCUCUCAAGCUACAGGAAUUGUCCUAACGAUUGAGCCGCACAAGAUACAGUACACGGGCAAUGAUGACGUCACGAUCCGCUGUGAACUUGGAGAAUCGGACUUAGCAACAAUUGGAUGGAUGCAAAUAUCAAAACAGAAUCUUUUAAUGAACAAGACACCGUUCCUGGUUCUGCGAAUAAGUGAUGGCACGGGGCCAGAAUGGGGAUCCGAAAUUGAUGAUGCGAAAAUGGACGAAAAGACCACUGUGAGAUAUUCGCUGGAACCAUUGGAUGAAACUUAUUUAGAAGUUACGCUGCAUCAGAUUGAAUGUGGAGAUGAUGGUGUAUAUUCCUGUGAAGUUUUCGGAUUGAAUCAGAACGAGGAAACGGUAAAGGAAACAAUUCGGGAAGAGCUAAUUGUUUACUCCUUUGGACAGAGACCAGUCAUAACUUAUUUCUCCACAACAAUCCCAGAAAAGAAGUUAACGGUAACCCGUGGUAGUGAGGUAACACUUCUUUGUAAUGGCAUGGUCGGUAAACCACAUUUGCCUAUUACAUGGUACCAGUUCAUCGACAAAGCUGGCGCUUUUGUGAGCUUAAAGGAGCAUGUUAGUGAAGAAACGCUGAUGGUGGAAACGGACAACAUGUGCUCGUACAACGGGAGCAGCUACUUAACGUUAACUGCGCCCCUCGAUGAAAAUGAAAUUACAGUCAGAUGUGGAAUUGGUCCUUUGAACGACACAAUCACAGUAGUGACAGGAGAUACAGCGGAGAAAAGUUUUAAUACGAUCUUCAACAGACGCAGUGAUAUUCUCCACACAGAGGCAAACGAAGAAGAACAAGAAACAGAAAAUGGACUAUUACUAAGCAUAAAUCCAUCAAAAGUUCAGUACCAAGGUUAUUUCGACGUCACCAUUAAAUGUGAUGUCGGAAACCUUGCUGAGAACCUAACAAGAAUCGGAUUUAUUCAACUCCAAAAGGAAAGCCUUGUUUCAUGGAAACGACCGUAUUUAACACUUCAAGCUACGAACGGAACCGAUCCGGAAUGGGGGACAGGAAUCGAUGGUCAGAAAUUAGAAAGUAAAAGUACGGUGACGUACCGGCGACACCCUCUAAACGAGGCUUUCAUUCAGGUGGUACUCCAUAGGAUAGAAUGUGAUGACGAAGGGAUAUAUACAUGUCUUCUCUUUGGAGUUGACAAUGAGAACAACAUGAUAGAGACAACAGUCAGGGAGGAACUAUCCAUAUACACGUAUGCCGGUGAACCAGUGAUUACUAUUAAUGAUCAGAGAUACCCAACGAAAGAGGCGCAUGCUCCUCCAGGAGCUAAUAUCACUUUGACGUGUACUGGACCUGUGGGAAAACCACAAGCGCCUAUCCAAUGGUACAAAUAUGACAUGUUUGCUGGAGCGUACGUCUACACUACAGAAGGGAUUCAACCAGAAAACAUCGAUCUCCCGAUAGACCACCUUUGCAGAUAUACUGGUACGUCCACACUGACAUUUUUCACGACGGUUUUAGAACAUGAAGUUACAUACGAGUGUAAGAUCGGGGCUUUUGCUGACAGCAUUACUGUUAUCAUUGACGGAAGAUCGAGUGACAUAUCCCCCUCAUUCAGCCGUGAGACACAACCAAUUGAAACUGAAGGGAUCAACUCCGCCUAUUGCCAAAACGGUGCUGGUGUGCUGUGCGCCGUAUUAGCAAUACUCGUUUGGCUUAACAUCAAAUUAGAAUAAGUCUUGCUUAUACUUCCUGGCUGUUCAUACACUUUUAGCAUUCGUUAAGUUUUGUUUGUUUACACGUAAUUUUGUUUUUAUUGAUGUUUCCUUACUGCAGCGAUAAAGAAACAAAAGCAUGACCUUAUUGCAUACUUUGAUAUAGAGAACUUGUUAAUGGAACCUUGUUAACUAUUGACAUCGUACUGAAACACAUUGUUAGAAUGUCAUAUACUUCAAUACAUACCCUUCUGUAUAUUUCGUCGCCGUAAAUGAACUUUCGAACUUCUUGCUCUCCAUAAUGAGAGUGAAUUCAGCUUCACAGCAAAUAUAACUGCAUGACAUCUGAAAGGUGAUAUCAGUGUUGAGCAAAUAAGAAUUUUACCUAUGAAGGACGAAAGAUGAACAUCGAAAAGUGUUCCUGGUAUAUAGUCAGUUCCUAUCAUGGUGUCAUGUAUAAUAUGUAAUUAAGUUAAUUCGACAAUGUUUUAACUAUUCAUUCAUUCAUUUUCAUAACGUUGUUAACAGGUAUUUGCUUAUGUGGUCACUUCAUAUUGAAUUUUCUGAUAGAUCGUAUCCCAGAAACCACGAAAUAAGCAUAACUAGCAGCAUUACCCUGUUUACAUUAUACAAUGCCCAAUUAAUAUAUAUAAUGAUACACGUAGAUGAACAGUUACAUGUAG